UUCAGACUCUGAUCAGCCGCUCAGGAACACAUCUGCCGCGUGCCAUGACGCAUCCGGAGAGCGCGCGCUCGCACAGCAGCUUCGGACCACCGGAGCAGCCGCGAGGAUGAGGGGGAAGAGGAGCGCGUGAAGCCGUCUCUGUGCGCGCGUUCACUCUCAGGGACAUGGAUUUACAGGCGGCUUGCUGCUGUUGUUUUUGUGAGUCCUGAGAAAAGUGGAGGAUGGGAGACCGACAUCCGCGGACACGAACUUUAGGAGGUCUCUCCACCAAGUCGCGGGUCUCCAAGGAGACCAAGCUCCGGCUGCGCGUGAUCUUUCUGGAUGACAGUGAACGCACGUUCGAGGUGGAGGAAAACAUUUUAGGUGGAGACUUCUUCAACAAAGUUUGCGGUCAUCUGAAACUGCUUGAGAAGGAGUACUUUGGACUGGAGUUCAGACACCACAGUGGCCAUUAUGUUUGGUUGGAACUGCUUAAGCCCCUAGUCAAACAGAUCAAAUACACCAAUGACGUACUCUUUAGGUUUAUAGUCAAGUUCUUCCCACCAGACCUUGGGCAACUAAAGAGAGGCCUUACCAGGUAUCUUUUUGCCUUACAGAUAAAGCAAGAUUUAUCCAAUGGCAGUCUAACAUGUAAUGACAACAGCGCCGCCCUGCUGGUCUCACACAUACUGCAGUCAGAGAUAGGGGACUAUGAUGAGGAGCUGGACUAUCAGCACUUGGAAAUGAAGCACUAUGUUCCGAACCAGGAGUAUCUGGACCACAAAAUAAUCAAGCUUCACAAAAGACACAGAGGAGUCUCUCCUGCAGACUCAGACAUCCAGCUGCUGGAGGUGGCGAGGAAGCUCGACAUGUACGGCAUCAGGCCUCACCCUGCCAACGAUGGGGAGGGAAUGAGGAUCAACCUGGCUGUCACACACUCUGGAGUGCUGGUCUUUCAGGGAAACACCAAAAUCAAUACGUUCAGCUGGGCAAAGAUCCGCAAACUGAGCUUCAAACGCAAACAUUUCCUCAUUAAACUUCACGACAAAGUUGGGGCAUCAUGUAGGGAUACUCUGGAAUUUGCCAUGGUGAGCCGUGAUGUUUGUAAAUUGUUCUGGAAGAUGUGUGUGGAGUAUCACGCUUUCUUCAAGUUGGCUGAGGAACCGAAGCCCAUACAUAAAACUCUCCUGUCCUGCAAAGGCUCCAGAUUCAGAUACAGUGGGAGAACCCAGAAGCAGCUGCUAGAAUGUUUGGGAUCAGGAGAAAAGAAGCCUUCACACUUUGAAAGAACCUACGGUCAGUCAGACUAUGACCCCAGACAGUGCCGAUCUUCUCCCGAUCUCCUCACUGACGUUUCCAAAGAGUUAUACGAACAGACCCGCCCUUUUCCUCGGACAAGUCGAGCUCUGGCAGUUCACAGUCAGGAUGAAAUGGACGUACGCCGCCGAGGACUAAAUAACGCUGACCUCAAUGAAGGAGGGGCUAAACGCAGCCAAUCAUCUGGUGAGGUCAAUCAGAGGCCACACCCCCUCGCUCAAGUCACCCCCAUCUCUCCGUGGCUCCACCAGUCAACCUCGUCGCCGAAGUUCAGAUCUUCCUCCAUGUCUUUGAUGGAGGACGUGAGGGGGGGACGGAAUGGGGCGCAGCGACAAGCCCAAAGGCUGGCAGGGGUCUAUUUCAACCGCUCCCGACGCCGGCCCAACCAGCAGCCACACCCAGAUGCUGCACAGCAGCUGGUUCUUCUUUACCCCAACAGCCCUGCCUACCAGUAUCACCCCGUCCUCCCAUCAUUUCCAUUCGCCGCUCCCUCGCCUCUAAACCGACAUCCUUACUUGUCAGAUUACGUUUCCAUUUCCUCACUGGAGCGUUUCCCACAUGUGAGGAGGCGGGACUAUUUACCAGUAGAUGGCGUCUCGCGGCCCACUUUCUACCCCUUAGCUCAUGAUUCGCCGUCCAUCUCACCAAUUAGGAGGAACUUUCGCCCAUGUGGUUCGGGGGGCCUGGGGCUGGCAAGGGUCUACCAAACGGGAAGCAAUGGAGGGAGGCUACUGGGGGUUGGACACAUAGAGGCAGGGCAUUAUAGUGACGACUCCAACUUCCUGCCUGGGUUACCCCGCCGUGUAGCCAGCCAACCGAAUGUAAAAUUUAAUCUAUCUAGGAGUGCAAACCCGGCCUUUAACGCCGCCUCUGAGUUCAGACCCCUCGGUUACUAUCCUCACCUGACACGGCCCUCCAGACCCAAUUAUCUCCCACUUAACUCCUCCCCUCUGCCUGACCGGCCCACCUCUAUGUGCAUGAUCGGCGGCGGUGUUGGAAGCUACAGCGACUCAGAUCCAGAGGUUUUCUACCCGUAUUAUUGCCCACCUCAUCAGCUGGGAAAGGUCCUGGGUUCUGCCGGGUUGGCCAGGAUGAGGUUUUCCUCUGGAAGUCUUCAGCUGGAUGAAGAGGAUGAGGAGCAGGAGGAGGAGAGGACGGGUGUUGCUAAAAAACAUUCCAAGGUUGAAAAGGACGAGAAAGAAACCAGCGAAGGAGAGAAGGCAAAAGGAGCGAGAAAGAUUACUCAAGUCACUCUAUGAAGGCUUUUUACUCACUAAAGGUUUACGGUAAGAUCAGUCAAAACCUGGAGGUUGUACUUUAAUAUACAUGAUUUGUGGACAAUUAAUGUGAUAAAUGUUGAGGUGGAAACAAAAUGCACUGUUGCCUUGUUUUAGUGACUCUUAGAAAUGACUGAUGUUUAGUAAUCUUUUGACAAUUCAGUGAAGGCUCAUGAUAUAUUUUUGUUAUUUUCUUUGUUUACAUCAGUGUGAAUUACAGUUGUUAUGAAUAUGG